CUACGCCAAUGCCUCAUGCAACCCCACCACGACGAACCACUUUCUGAGCAAAAGCUUCGCGAAUUAUACGAUGCAGAUGAAAUAAAUCGAUUUCUCUCUUUCUUUUCGGCUCAUGUCUCUGAAGUUCAAGUGCAAGACCAAGAACCUUCGCCCACAUAUCAACGCCAUUUAGACGAAUCCUCGUGCAUAUCCAACAUAAUUGCAACACGCUAUGUGAUUCCGCGACUCCCGAGUACAAGCCCUACUCCACCUCUCUUUACAUUUGGACGCCUACGACUUACCACUGAGAGACUAUAUCUGUCUUUCUCCGCCUAUCAGCCCUUCUUUGCCUCAUUGCUAGCACUCGCGCGGUGGGAUAAUCGACAAACGAGUGCUGUUUUUUGCACAAUGUAUUGGGCGCUUUGGUAUCAUAACCUACUGCUGCCGUCAAUCAUCUUGCGCAUUCUCUGGUCCCUACUCCGCCGCAGACUGCUCUCUUACCCAACGCUCUCGGAGCUCAAUGCUCACCACGAAGAGAUCAAGCGGUCGAGUGAAUUUGGUCGUGAAUUUGCCGCAAGGUUUUCCGCGACAUCGUCCUUUGGUGCCCGAGAAAUAUGGCGCUUGUUCAGAGUCUUCAACAAACCAAAAGCGAAAACAGCACAUACUUCAAUCGAUGAGCCGCCUGCCACUGUCUUGGACUCUGAAAGUUUGGAGGAGACUGAUCGGGAAAACGAUAUGAAGCAAGCGUGCCUGAAGACUAUGGCAGACAUUGCAGACCUUCACGAGAGAGUUAAAAACAUCUUCAUUUGGCGUCAGCCGACGUCCUCCAUGUUCUAUGGCAUUACCUUAUUUGUGCUCUUCCUUCUAACGCUUCUCGUUCCUGCCGAAUACCUGGCAAAAUUACUCUAUCUGGUCGGCGGUAUUCUGUAUUGGCACAUAGUGCCAGUAAUUGCGGCGCUACCAUCCCAAGAACGAUCCAAAUUGCCUCCACCAUUCGCUGAUGCCCCCACUGAUGCGGACUAUGCAAUGGAGCUAAUCUCUCGUCGCGUUGCUGCUGGUUUGGAUGUCAGCCCCGGGCCUCCCGUUGACGAUGCUGACAAAGCCCAUUCCACUUCAAGUUCAGACGGUCGGCGCUCCGAGUCGGCACGCAACGUGAACUGGAAGAAAUGGGCUGAGAUUGCUGCUCAAGGCCGAAAUUUAGUCAACGAAAGAAGGCGGGUCACCCAUGCGCUGCCUUCACGUUCGUCAGCUGGAGCAGCUCCGACCCACACAUUUCCUGCUCAACACACUUCGGCGCCUGGCUUGAUAACCUUGACUGUUGACAGACUAUAUUUCACCUCACUCGUCUCAUCAAAUGCCGCAUUAGAGAUACCGUUAGUCAGCCUACGUGCCGUGAAGAAGAGGAGGAGACAUGGUCUCUUUGAUUCCCUUUCCCUCACCUGGGUAGAUACUGUAGGGGUUACGCACGUUGAAGAGUUUAUGUGGAUGGGAGCUCGAGACGAACUGUUUGCCCGUCUUGUGGGCGGAGUUGAAGGCAAACGACUAAUCACGGCCUGA